AUGGCGGUGGAAGACGAAUGUAAGCUCAAGUUUUUGGAGCUAAAAGCGAAAAGAAACUAUAGGUUCAUAAUAUUCAGGAUAGACGGACAACAAGUGGUGGUUGAAAAGCUUGGAAGUCCUGAGGAGAACUACGACGAUUUCUCCAAUUCCCUACCUGCCAACGAGUGCCGCUACGCUGUCUAUGACUUCGACUUCACCACUGCUGAGAAUUGCCAAAAGAGCAAGAUCUUCUUCAUAGCAUGGUCACCAGAUUCUUCGAGGGUGAGGAUGAAGAUGGUGUAUGCGAGCUCAAAGGACAGGUUUAAGAGAGAACUGGAUGGGAUCCAAGUGGAGUUACAAGCCACCGACCCAAGCGAGAUGAGCUUUGACAUCAUCAAAAGUCGAGCUCUCUAG